UGGGCACGUGCGGUCCUGGGGCUGGGACAAGCAGGGCGGGAGAUGGCGGCACGAUGGAGCAGCGAGAAUGUGGUGGUGGAGUUCCGCGACUCCCAGGCAACUGCAAUGUCUGUGGACUGUCUGGGGCAGCAUGCAGUGCUUUCCGGCCGCCGGUUCCUAUACAUCGUUAAUCUAGAUGCCCCUUUCGAAGGUCACAGGAAGAUCUCUCGCCAGAGCAAGUGGGACAUUGGUGCUGUGCAGUGGAAUCCUCAUGAUGGCUUUGCACACUACUUUGCAGCUUCGAGUAACCAACGGGUUGACCUCUACAAGUGGAAAGAUGGCAGCGGGGAAGUUGGCACAACCUUACAAGGCCAUACUCGUGUAAUCAGCGACUUGGACUGGGCAGUGUUUGAACCUGAUCUCCUCGUUACCAGCUCUGUGGACACCUACAUCUACAUUUGGGAUAUCAAAGACACAAGGAAGCCUACCAUUGCACUGUCUGCUGUAGCGGGUGCCUCACAGGUCAAAUGGAAUAAAAAAAACGCUAAUUGCCUUGCCACCAGUCACGACGGGGAUGUACGGAUAUGGGACAAGCGGAAACCCAGUAUAGCAGUGGAAUAUCUAGCAGCCCACCUCUCCAAAAUCCAUGGCCUGGACUGGCACCCAGAUAGCGAGCACAUUCUUGCGACCUCCAGUCAAGACAAUUCUGUCAAGUUCUGGGAUUACCGGCAGCCUCGAAAAUACCUCAAUAUUCUCCCUUGCCAGGUGCCUGUCUGGAAGGCCCGAUACACUCCUUUCAGCAAUGGAUUAGUAACUGUGAUGGUUCCCCAGCUGCGGCGGGAGAAUAGUCUUCUCUUAUGGAAUGUCUUUGACUUGAACACUCCAGUCCAUACCUUUGUGGGGCACGAUGACGUGGUGCUGGAGUUCCAGUGGAGGAAGCAGAAGGAAGGGUCCAAGGACUACCAACUGGUUACGUGGUCACGGGAUCAGACCUUGAGAAUGUGGCGAGUGGAUUCCCAGAUGCAGAGGCUUUGUGCAAAUGACAUAUUAGAUGGUGUUGAUGAGUUCAUCGAAAGCAUUUCUCUUCUGCCGGAACCAGAGAAGAUCCUUCACACUCAAGACACAGAUCACCAGCACAACUCAAGCCAUGGAGAGGAAGAAGUCUUAAAGGAAGACCUCCCGAGCAAUCUCCUGGAAGAGAAGAAAUCGGAUCAACCAGGACUACCUCAGACUCUGCAACAGGAGUUCUCCCUGAUCAAUGUGCAGAUCCGGAAUGUCAAUGUGGAGAUGGACGCAGCAGAUAGGAGUUGCACAGUGUCAGUGCACUGUAGCAACCAUCGUGUCAAGAUGCUGGUGAAGUUCCCUGCGCAGUACCCAAACAAUGCUGCCCCCUCCUUCCAGUUUAUCAACCCCACAACCAUCACGUCCACGAUGAAAGCGAAGCUGCUAAAGAUCCUGAAAGACACUUCCCUGCAAAAAGUAAAACGCAACCAGAGUUGUUUGGAGCCCUGCCUGCGCCAGCUCGUCUCCUGUCUUGAGUCUUUUGUGAAUCAAGAGGACAGUGCUUCCAGCAACCCCUUUGCGCUCCCAAACUCCGUCACACCACCCUUGCCUACCUUUGCUCGGGUAACCACUGCCUAUGGUUCAUACCAGGAUGCCAAUAUUCCCUUUCCUAGGACCUCGGGGGCCAGGUUCUGUGGAGCAGGGUAUCUGGUGUAUUUUACAAGGCCUAUGACAAUGCAUCGAGCGGUUUCUCCGACAGAACCUACUCCGAGAUCUCUCUCGGCCUUGUCUGCUUAUCAUACUGGCUUGAUUGCUCCAAUGAAGAUCCGCACAGAGGCCCCUGGGAACCUUCGUUUAUACAGUGGGAGCCCCACUCGCAGCGAGAAAGAGCAGGUCUCCAUCAGCUCCUUCUACUACAAGGAGCGGAUGUCUCCUCGCUCUGCCCGGCGACGUUGGUCCAUACAAGCAAUUAACGACUUCCCGAAAUCAAGGAGAUGGAAAAGCAAGCGCGAGGGAUCGGACUCUGGCAACCGACCAAUCAAGGCUGCUGGGAAAGUUAUCAUCCAGGAUAUCGCAUGCCUCCUUCCAGUCCACAAGUCAUUGGGAGAGCUGUACAUAUUAAAUGUAAAUGAUAUUCAAGAAACAUGUCAGAAGAAUGCCACUUCUGCCUUGCUUGUUGGAAGGAAGGAUCUUGUCCAGGUUUGGUCUCUGGCUACAGUAGCUACAGAUCUGUGCCUUGGUCCGAAGUCUGAUCCAGACUUGGAAACACCCUGGGCGCGGCAUCCAUUCGGGCGACAGCUGCUGGAGUCACUGUUGGCUCAUUACUGCCAGCUCCGGGAUGUCCAGACAUUGGCUAUGCUCUGCAGUGUGUUUGAAGCCCAGUCCCGGCCUCAGGGAAUACCGAACCCUUUUGGGCCUUUUCCUAGUCGUUCAUCUAAUCUUAUGGUGUCCCAUAGUCGAUACCCCAGCUUUACCUCCUCUGGUUCCUGCUCAAGCAUGUCAGACCCAGGGCUCAACACUGGGGGCUGGAACAUAGCAGGGAGAGAGAUAGAACAUCUGUCUUCACCUUGGGGAGAGUCUUCACCAGAAGAAAUCCGCUUUGGGAGUCUGACCUACAGCGAUCCUCGUGACCGAGAGCGUGACCAGCAUGAUAAAAAUAAAAGGCUCCUGGAUCCCGCCAAUACCCAGCAGUUUGAUGACUUUAAGAAGUGCUACGGAGAAAUCCUCUACCGCUGGGGUCUGCGAGAGAAGCGGGCCGAGGUGCUGAAGUUUGUUUCCUGUGCCCCUGACCCGCACAGAGGGGUCGAGUUCGGCGUGUACUGCAGCCACUGCCGGAGCGAGGUCCGCGGCACGCAGUGCACCAUCUGCAAGGGCUUCACGUUCCAGUGCGCCAUCUGCCACGUGGCCGUGCGAGGAUCGUCCAAUUUCUGCCUGACCUGCGGGCAUGGCGGACACACCAGCCACAUGAUGGAGUGGUUUCGGACUCAGGAGGUGUGUCCCACCGGCUGUGGGUGUCACUGCCUGCUGGAAAGCACGUUCUGAAUGUGUCGGAAAUCCCAGAGGACGCUGAAAGUGCCGGCGACAAGCUCUCUGUCAGGAGAGCGCUGCAGACCCAUUCCUCACGGGAUGGGGCACGUGCCCUUCAGACCACGCAGCACCCGCUGCGGGAGCCUGGCCCAUGGAUGUUCCCGGAGGUGGAUGAGGCAGGCGUGCAGAGCUGUGUGGCCAAUGGUAGUCUUCUUGGAGAAAACACCUGCCUCCAGAGCUGUGUUGACUUUUAAGAUGUUAACCUUAAACCACCGAACAGUGUCCUUUCUGAUGCCAUUACAGAGACCAAGGUCAGACUACUCAAAGGACAGUCUCCUGAGCCAAAGGACAGUGGACAGUAAUUUAGUUGACAAGUAGGCAUAUGACAUAAGUUGGUACAUUUCAUAAACUAAUGGAUAGUGGUCUUUUAAAAUAUGACACAAAUUAUAAAUAUAGGGUGUACUUAAGGAUUCUUAAGAUGUAUUUUUUGUUUGUUGUUUUUCCUCUCAUUGCUCUCUGUGGCUAAUAAAAUUCUAGUAAUUGUUUAAAAAAAAAAGAGACAGAGGAAGCUGAACAAUGAUUUAGUGAAUCUUUACUUUUACUCUACUUUUAAUUGAAGUUAACUCUUGGAUAGGAACAGUCAUUGCUCAGAUUUUCAAGGGAAAUGCUGCUGUACUUUUGUCAUGUGGCAGAAGAAAAUAGAAUUUGACAUUUAAGAUUCUUUCCAACCCCAGGAAUCUUCUUUUUUCAAAAAAACCCCAAGAAAACAAAUGUUUUUAUUGAUUUUUUUAAAGAAGGGAGAGAGAGCCCAGGAGUCUUCUUAAUCAUUUCCUUCAGCGAAGGGAAACACGGCGGCGGUGCAGCAGCAUUGCUGACAGUCUCAUCGCUGACACAGUCUCUCAUCACUGACACAGUCUCUCACUGCUGACAGUCUCUCGUUGCUGACAGUCUCUCGUCGCUGACACAAUCUCUCGUUGCUGACACAAUCUCUCGUUGCUGACAGUCUUUCGUUGCUGACAGUCUCUCACUGCUGACAGUCUCAUCGCUGACAGUCUCCUGUUGCUGACAGUCUCUCAUCAUUGACACAGUCUCUCACUGCUGACAGUCUUAUUGCUGACAGUCUCUCGAUGCUGACAGUCUCUUGUUGCUGACACUUUCAUCGCUGACAGUCUCUCAUUGCUGACAGUCUCUCAUUGCUGACACAGCCUCUCGUUGCUGACACAGUGUCUCGUUGCUGACACAAUCUCUCGUUGCUGACACAGUCUCUCGUUGCUGACACAGUCUCUCGUUGCUGACACAGUCUCUCAUUGCUGACAGUCUCUCACUGCUGACAGUCUCAUCGCUGACAGUCUCUUAUUGCUGACACAGUCUCUCACUGCUGACACAGUCUCUCACUGCUGACAGUCUCUCACUGCUGACACAGUCUCUCACUGCAGAUAGUCUCAUCGCUGACAGUCUCUCACUGCUGACACAGUCUCUCAUUGCUGACACAGUGUCUCGUUGCUGACACAGUGUCUCGUUGCUGACACAGUCUCUUGUUGCUGACACAGUCUCUCGUUGCUGACAGUCUCUGGCUGCUGUGCAGGUCAGCCGAGCCCUGGUAAGUUCCUUCACUCUUCAUU